ACGUGCAAUUCGUGACAUCCGGUGUUGUGCAAAACGAUUGGAAGAAUAUUGACAGAUGUUAAAAGAAAAUGGCCUCUAAUGAACCUGAGCCAUUGACUGAGAGAACUCAGAAAAGGAAAGCAAGUGAUACUGAAGAGGAUGAAAAAGCAAGUUCUGACAAUGAAACACCAAGCUCCAGUAAGGCAAUCUUACAUCAGAGAAAGAGAAGUGCGCCAUCAUCACUUGAAUCAGAUUAUACUUCUUGGAGUGAGUCUGGAGACGAAGCAAAUUCAAGUUCUUGGAGUGAGUCUGGAGACGAAGCAGAUUCAAGUUGCUUAAAGAGUCCACUUUCAGGAAAGGAAAGAGGAAAUGAUUCAGCAAGUCAAUGGACAUAUAAAGAUCUAAUGCACUUAAAUAUCUUUUAUGAGGAGAAACCAGAACCCUUAGAAAAAUUUCUCAUAGAAGUAAAAGAUGCUUUCAUGAAUGAGAAAGGCUUUUGUCCUGAUCCCAGCAAAAUUACCAGCUCUUUCAAGAAACAACUUGAAGAAAUAUUGACAUUUUCAUAUGAUUUGAAAAAAAUUAGAAAAAUUUUAAGAGUGCCGCAUAAAACUAUGGAGGCACAGAAAGUAGAAGAGGAGAUUAAGAAAAGUAUACAAAAGACAUGGGAAAUGCCAGAAAAAGUCUUAUUUGAUAAGCAAACAUUGGAAUCACCUGUGGGAAAAUUUGCAGAGAUGUAUGCUGUACAGUUGAAUUCAGCUUUGAUGACAUUUGCACGGGAGACUGAUCAUCUGAUAAAUUUAGUAUUAUAUGAAGAGCCAGAGUCAAUGUAUCCUUCACAGACAUGUGAAACUGACAAAAUGUCUGCUUCAAAAGAAGAGCAGAAAGGGAGAGGAAGAGGAAAAAGGAGAAGAGGAAGAGCUGGAGGAGGAAAAGAGGGGCCACAGGAUCAUCAAGAGGAUUCAAAGUGUGGGCAAACCACUGAAAGCAUAUUCGAGAACUUCUGUAAAUUCUUUGGAAAUGUGUUUUUUUUACAAGAAGGUUAUAUACCUCAGAGAUCCUUUUCUUUUCAAAAUAAAAAGUUGAAGAACGUGCCUAACCUGGUCUAUCAUUUCUAUUCUGGAAAGAAGGAUCAAGCAAAGGACAUUGUGUUAUUUGUAGAGGUAAAGAAAGCCCCUGUAACUGAAGAUGCAACCGAUAUAAGACAGCUAGUAGGACAAAAUGUUAUGGGACAAUUUGGAGCAGAGCUUCUUGGACAGUCACUACAUUCAGUAUUUUAUCCCAAUUCUCUUGGAAUUCUUUGUAUGGAAACAAAAUUAAUUUUUGCAUUCCUGAAAAUAUCAGAUGAGCAUGCUACCGGCAUAUGUUUGGGAGAUAGAGGAACAGCAGAUGAUCAAGGGAAGGUUAUUUACACCGAGCCAUUUGACAUGUUGAAAGCAGAGGACAGAUUGAAAAUUGCAGACUUCCUGUUCUGGUUAGGUAUUGUUCAAGAUUCCAAUAAAUUUAGCUUUUUCUGAAAUGCAAAUGGGGAUAUAUUUUGUGGACCCACUUACGUUCAUCCAUUGGUUAUCUGAUCAUAUUAAUUGUACGUAAGAUGGUAUACAUAUUACAUUAUGAACAUUUAUUUAAGUAGGGAUGAGACUGAAUUCAUAAAACAAAUGCUAUAUAUAAGCAUUUCCCAUGAACAAUUAUAAUUAGAUGUAUCAAAAACAUGUAUCAAACAACAUGUAAACUUAUAUUUUUCAUUAUGGAAAAUUUCAAUACAGUAUACUUGUGUACAAGAAAAAAUUGUGCAGUUUGAUUUAUUAAAGGUUAAUGUAUCUGGCACUGAAGCCACACUUCUCUAACAUCAUUGGAGAUGUUUACAAAUUAAAAUAAUGUCAGAGUU